UAUACACUAACUUGAAUGUAGUACAUAAAGUUCAGGGUCGUAAAUGUCAGCGCAAAUGAAACAGAUGCGGAACGCAGCUGAAACUGAGGUUUCGGAUAUUGGAGGAUUACGCAGGGUUUUCGCAAAGUCUACAUUUAACAGUGAAAAAUGCAGUGAUUCACUGUGCAUAGCGAAGAGUCACCUAACGCAGUUACUAAUAUUUUAGAUUCCCUGCAGUCUUUCAGGGAUAAUUUUCGGACACGCUUCACAACCUGUGAAGUAAACGUCAGGCAAACUUUGCUAAGAAUGUAUUCAAAGAUGGAGAUGCAGCUACUAUCAGUAUGCUUGAUAAGCUUAACAUCAUGUCGACUGAUGCGUCCAGCAAGAUGAAACGUGCAGUAUUCGAAAAUUACAAAUUAUUCAUUAAAGCUGGUAAAGCUGCUAGCCAGUUAGAAAAUACAAUGCAUCAAAUUCAUAAUGAAUUUACUGAAAAGCAACGUGUAAUAAAUGCUCUUACGGAGGUAUCUUUAUUUGGUGAUAUCAUCACAGAUACAUGUUCAGAUCGUGCUUCAUCUGAAGUACAAGAUGAUGAAAAGUCUGGAAAUGUUUUACGCAGUGAAUAUGCUGGUAUUUCAGUCGGUCGUUUAGCAGAACUAGUUGAGGGUGCUUCAGUUUUAGUCGGUGAUUCAAGUCGUCGUGUUAUCUUCGAUGGAGAUUUGCGUGAAUUAAGUAUGAAUGAUUUUUCUUUCCUAUGUAUGGCUAGAGUGUUUGUACUCACAGAUACCUUGGUUAUUGCAUAUCAUAGUCAAUCUGGUCUUUCUUAUCCAUAUCGUCUUCAAACAACAUAUGAUCUAAAUAAUUUUGCUGUUGCAAAUUUUCCUACUGCUGGUGAUCGACAACAAAAUAUUCCGCCGAAUACAUUCAAAUUGUUAGUAUUCCCAUCGAAUCGUCUUUUUCAAGCAGAAACAGCUAGUGAUAAGAAACGUUGGCUCACUCUAUUGGAUGCAACAAUGCGUAAGCAUAGAACUUCUCAGUCAUAUACUGAUCCAAAUCUAAGAUAUGAUACAAGUAUCUCAGAUACAUCUGCAGGCAGUUUGAAUACAAAUGCUAUGAAGUUAACAAUACUACCGCCAAAAGUAUCUGCUGAAGCUACUCUAGCUGGUCAUAAGGCGUUGUCGUCUACUCUACCCGACUGUGCAGACCUUUUAACACCUCUUGAUCAGUUAGACUUAUCAACGAAAAAGAAUCCUUUUGAUGAUUCAGUGGACAAUAUAAAAUCUCACACUACAAAUAUUGGCAAGCAUAAAUCACGUCAUAAUUGGCUAUGGGAUGUUCCAGAAGAUUUAGACGUCGCAAUAUCAGAAAGAAAUUUUCUACGUGCUACAAAUUUAAUUGUUAAAGCUAAAGAAGCUUUAAAUCAAAUACUUACUGAAAAUAUAUCGAAACCGUCUAGAGAAGAAGAUGCAAAGAAUUCAUCAUUAAGAAGUUCCAUUCGUCAAAGUCAACAAUCUGAUACAGUUGAUUAUAGAUUGAAAACAGAUUGGGAGAAAUUAUCAAAACGUAUUGAACGCAAUGAAUGCAAUCUUACACAAUCAUUACAAUAUGAAUUAAUAUCAGCUGCUUGUAGACAUGGUGCACCAAAAUCUGUGAAAUCAGCUGUUACUCAAUUAGGUUUACUUGGUAAAGCUACACUUGCAGCUGAAUUAUUUCUAGUCUAUCGAUCACAAGUAAUGACUAAAGCACUGACACAUGGUGUACAUCAAGAAGGCAAUCAACUGAUCUAUCUGAAUAAACUAUCACUGACAUUUCAUCGGAAUUUAGCUGAAACGUUGGCUGAAUGGCGUCAAAGUGUUGUUGAACCGUUAGGUGAAAUUCUUGCUACAAAAUCUAUGGGUGUAUCAAAACAACAAUUUGAAAAUAUUUGCUCCUUAAAAUUCUACAGUUGGGCAUUAGAUGAAACAGAGAAAUUCAGUCAUCAACUUCGUGUUCUCCUCAUUGAUAGUCAUGCUGUAUCCUUUUAUUCAAUGGCGUAUGCAGCUCAACGAAUUAAAGCACAUUCUGAUAAGAUUACAGAACUACUCGGUGUUGAUAUUUCAUCUGCUCUUCAUCGAAGUUUAUCGCGUGCAUGGAAACGUGCUGCUGAAGAACAAUCACGUGUCCUGUGCGAAGCUGUUGAAAAUCGUGCUAAGCAAGAAACUUGGGAGACAUUGUCAAGUUUGCCUAAAGGAGAACAAGAGAAAAUCUCUUUGGAUUUAAUUGAAUUCGGUCUACUGAAUCAGUAUAGUUCAGCGGAUUAUGGUAUGAAAUUAACAAUGAGUACAUAUUAUCUUAUACGAUCAUUACGACAGUUUAUUCAAAGUGUUAAUCUCCUCAAUUGUUCAGAUAUGGAUAUCAUCCUGGUAGCGUGUUUUAUACACAUGGUACAUUCAGAACUUGGUUGUUAUGAACGUGUAUCACCUAUUGACAUAUCUGAUCCAAUAAGGCAAUCUAUCAUUUUGAUAAAUAUAGAAUUUCUAAUCAAGUCUAUUAUGCCAAAAUUUAUUAAUCUGCUGAAUUGUUCUGAGAAUCCCACCAUUAAACAAUUGAUUGCCCAAUUGAAAUCAACAGUCCAGAGUAUUAAAGGGCUAGAAGAAGAAGAUGAUGAGGAGGAAGGCGAUAGUGUAGAAGUAGAUGGUGUCAAUGAGAUGACAACACAAGAAGAUUCAAUCUAAUGAACUAAUUUCUCUUGUUCUUUUAUUAUUUUUUUCUCUUGCUCUAUUUUCAGAACGUAUAUAUAUAUUAUACUUUCAGUUGAUCGACAUAUAUUUGUUGUCUCACAGUUUAUUUGUUUGUGUGUGUGUGUGUGUAAUUUGUUCUUUUUUUAAUGCUUUCAUCAUCAACGGAUAACACACAUUUUUUCAACAAAAACAAAAAUAAAUAUUUUCUUACCACCUGGUAAUUUAGUUUAAAAAAAGGAAGUGAAGUGGUAGAGCA